ACCUGGCAACAACGAGCUCAUAGAACCCACUUACUGAAUGUAACAUCGCUUCACUGAGGAAGGCAGGGAAUUACAAGCCAUCAGCAUGAAUUUCGUUAUGAAGCAAGCGUUGGGAGGGGCCACUAAAGACAUGGGCAAGAUGCUCGGUGGCGAAGAGGAGAAGGAUCCCGAUGCUCAGAAAAAAGAGGAGGAAAGACAAGAGGCGCUGAGGCAACAGGAGGAGGAGAGAAAGGCCAAAUAUGCAAGAAUGGAGGCAGAGAGAGAAAACAUCCGACAGGGCAUCAGGGACAAGUAUGGCAUCAAGAAGAAGGAAGAGAAGGAAGCCGAGGCAGCGGCUGCUAUGGAGCAGGCCUCCGAGGGCAGCCUCACUCGUCCCAAGAAGGCUGUUCCUACUGGCUGCGGCGAUGAGGAGGAAGAGGAGAGCAUCGUAGAUACAGUCAUGAAAUUUAUCCCGGCCCCGCUCAUGGAUAUGUUCAAUAAAAAGUAACAGCGUUGUGAGUUCAGUAUAAUUCUUACAACCUUCAUCUAACCAAUGCUGUACCACCCUGCAGUCACACUGUUCCUCACCCCCCCCCCCCCCCCCCCCCCCUUUGAGGCCAGCAUCUAAGCAACCUGGAAAAUGAGCAACAUGCCACGAUUCCACCCUUGAGUUUAGCCUUUGGAUCUCUGAUGGUGAGCCAUACAUGUUAUACUGGAAGCAGAGGAUCUUUGAUCAAGUCUAAAACAUAUGGUACACCUGCACAGAGAUUCUGAGCCUUUACUUCAAGGCAAACUGAUGCCAUGUUUUCAAAAUGUCCAGAGCUUAGACAAAAACCAGAACAUCCGUCAGCCAUCCUUUUUGUUUGUAAAUAGCCUGGUGUUAUAAAAAGAGAACUAUAUGAGUGAAAUAUGACAUAUAAUAAAGACGACGAAGAGUAUAAGCCAUAUUUUUAACUUUUAGAAAAUUAUCCAAACCGAUUGAAUUUUAUUGAGUUUUGUUCUUGCUAAUAUAUGAUACAUUCGGUGUGUAUGGAUACUUUUAAUUUGUAUUGGUUCUUCAUUGUGAGGAUUCACACCAUAAACUCUCCCUCAUGUUCUCACUCACAAGAGGAUGUAAUUUUUCAUUUGAAAUUAGUUUUGUGUUUGUUUUUUAAGCAUGCAGUAAAACGUUUGUGAAGUGAAGUACACACACCUUUAUCUAUUAUAAUGUGUGAAACACGCUGACAUUUGAGGCAAUAACUGGUUUUUCAUUUUCAUUUAAUUGACACCCACGAUAAUGGACUUUAUGCCUGAAUUGUUCUUCCAUGGAGAAAACUACAAAUCUUCUCCAUACAUAAAGUCUCAAAACAGUUAUUCUGAGUUCUACAUGUUUAUGGUUUCAACGCUCACGUUUAUGUGUUGCUCUAAUAUAAAAGGACUAGAAUUUCAUCAGGCUUCUUAAUUUUGAUUCAAAGUUUUCAUCAGUUUUUGUAAAAAAAAAAAAAGAGAAAUUUCACAAAGACAACAAUGUUGUGAACACACUAUAUGUGAACAGACAGUGACAAUAGUGCAAUAUAUUGUUUGAAAUGAAGUUGUCUUCUGUCCAUUGGUUUAACUGAUGGGAGUAAAGUCCCAAAUCAGCAAUAACAGACGAUCUUCAUUAUUGUGUGUUUAAAUCUACUCCUUAAUGUGUUAGUCAAUGUUUAGGGCACAAGUGUGUCUCCAUAGUAAAGUCAGAUACAUUUGGUAAAAAAAAGAAAAGGGGAAAAGUGGGACUAUUUGUAAAGUACCAUUAGGUCAUGUAUCACAGUAUGAGUUGUGUUCCAAUUAGAAACCAAACGGUCCCAUUUGAAAGUCUGGAGUUUUGUCGUCCCACUCAUGCAUCCUGACACACCCAUGUGGACAUGUUGCUCUUUACACAAUAUUGCGACUGACAUGUGAUAUUUAAUUCUGCCAUAAGUUCUAUAGCUGCUAGAGAUCCUGAUGAUGUUUAAGGGAUUAAAUGUACUUGUGUCCAAUGUACAAGUACUUGGAUGGCGAUAACUCAUAAUGUUCAUUCAAUGAUGACACAUGCAGAAAACUGAGGGCCUCUGGCCUUCAUGAAAAUUACAGAACAUGUUUACGGAUGCUCUAGAGUCCAGUUUGUCUUUUAGGGAAAUGUAAUGGCACAAACAGAUACAGAACUAGCCAACGUUCUCCUUACGCCUUGUUUUGUAUCUUGUCCUUCAUCCCUCAGUGUCUUGUUAAAACAUUCCAGAUAUUUCUUACAUUCCACCAGACGCGUUUCUGGUAUCUCACAUUCUUGGAUAUUUACAGUAGGCCUUAGUCAAUGCCUUGUUAGCCUAUGAGCUUCAAUCUGAUGGUAGUGCAGCCUAAACAUAGAUUUUAGAGUGAAUAUACAAAAACAUUUAUGUCCAAGUGAUUUGAGAGUGUUCAUUUAGCUGCCAUGUACAGAAAAUAUUCCGUCAUUAAGUUUAGCAGAAAACGUAAAUGUGCUAUUAGCAGUGAGAGUUUACUAGAAAAUCUUUUGUGAUCCUUGGCACAGUAGCAGUAGUUUUCUGAAGCAGCUUUUUGCCACAUUGACGCUGUGUUUUUUGAACCAGCUAAACAUAAACUCUAAACUUCUUCAUUCCUGUGGAGUAGAUAAGAAAACGUAGCUUACAGUAGGUUAGCACUUUGUGAGCUCUGUGAUCACAAUGCAUAUAUUACACAUACACACUCGCCGUGUGGUGAGAUCAUCUGUGAACCACAUUUGUUGACCUUCCUGUGAUUUUAUUGUAAUUGUAAACUAGCCUCUUCCCAAACUGUGUUAGCAGAAAGCGAGCAUUCGAGUGAUGUAACCAAGCGUCAGCGACACAUUAUUAUAUCAGAGCAGUUGUCCACUUAAACCAAAGACUAGUGCUGUCAGUAGUAGACAUAGACAACAGGUUUAAUUCAUAUUUAGUUACAUAUUGUAAUUAUUUUCAAAUUCUCAGGUAUUCUAGCUUUAUGUUUCAUCAGAAGUUUAAACCAUGACUAGCCUUCUCUGCUAAAACAAAUUAAUUGUUUCUUUCUUAGUACGACUGUUUCUACGUUCAUUUAAAAAUGACCAAUCUCUCGUUUGGCCCACAGAUAUUACAGAAAGCUCUGAUUACUGCCCGUGUAGGACUUUUCCCAGCAGCAAACGUGUUAAUGAGAUUUCCGUGUGUGCAAGUCCUUCAUUGUCUCCCGAGUGCUCUGAUAUCAGGUCCUCCACUAACCACAUCAUGAAAACCAUUCAUCAUCAUCUUGUAAAUGCUAACUGAUUGCGCGCCAAAUGGCUUAUAGACCACUGCCCAAACAAACUGCCCAAGUCAUGCGUAAUCAAUAUUCUGUCGUCCACUCGAUGCUGUUACUUUGCUCUGAAGUCACUUGUGCCGCUCAUCCAGCCAUUAAUAUGAUAAAUACUGCCUGAAAAAUAUGCCACUUUAAAAAAAAUACUCCUUGGAUGUGACUUGAAUGUAACUGUCUGAUGUUUCUGUCUCUCUCUGUUAUGUACGUGUUGAGAAGAUGCUUACUCUGGUGCAGUAGUUUGGUUUGCUUUCUCGUCUGUAACUGGUCCUGUUUCUGUCCUCUGGUGGUUAGUAUUUAAAAAACAUGUUUAUUUGGUGCAUUUAUUUGUACUGCCAAAUCUUCUCUCCCCCUUUAUCUCUCUACCUACCUAUCUCCCUAUUUGUUGACAAAACUUAUGCAUGCUUAUGGUGUGCGAUGUAGGCAAGAUUGUUGAUAUAAUCGUUUUGUGUCCUCUGUGUUUAAAAGCUCCACCUGUUAACUUCACUGCAUGCCAUUAUAGACAGAUAUUUCAGUCUGUAACUUUUCUGCAAAAAUGGAAUCACUGCACACUGAGAAUAAAGUGAUUUCAUAUAA